AGUUGUCGGUUGGCGCUUGCGCAGUGACGGUCGUGUGAGUUCCAGAAAGUAGUGGUUUUUUUUCUUGGCAACAAGAAAAAUUAAGUUAAUUAGUUGUAAUUGAACCGGUCGAUCGAACUAAGAGAUCGAUUGGAUAUUAUUGGAAUAACGUUGAAAUAAUAAUUACAAUUGGAAUAAAUUAAAAAUUAGUUCAACAUGCAACUGAAAAGCAGUUCGCACGCCAUAUUUGGUUUAAUUUUAAUAUCAUUUACAACUUUAGCAUUAGCUCAAAAGGAAAAGGAAGAGUUCCAAUGUCCUUCGACUAUUGGAAAUGGAAACUAUGCUGAUCCAGCGACUUGCCGGCGUUUCUAUCAGUGUGUCGAUGGAUUCCCAUACCUAAAUCGUUGUCCAUCUGGUUUAUACUUCGAUGAUUUACAAAAGUUCUGUACAUUUAAAGAUGAAGCAAAAUGCGGACCGCUUUCAACAACACCGUCUCCCAUAACAGAUGCACCGGCCGACACAGCACAGAAGUGCAAUACAGAAGAAUGCCGUCUUCCAUACUGCUUCUGCUCAAAGGAUGGCACACAAAUUCCCGGUGGCUUAGAAGCCGAACAGAUUCCACAAAUUAUUAUGCUGACAUUUGAUGGUGCCGUCAACUUGAAUAACUAUGAUCAUUAUCAGAAAAUAUUUAAUGGAAAACGCAAAAAUCCUAAUGGCUGCAAUAUACGCGGAACGUUCUUUAUGUCCCACGAAUAUAGCAACUAUCAGCAAAUUCAACAUCUUGGUUUCGCUGGCCACGAAAUUGCCACAGAGAGCAUAUCCCAACAACAGGGCUUACAGGACAAAGGCUACGAGGAAUGGGUUGGUGAAAUGAUUGGCAUGCGUGAAAUUCUGCGACACUUCUCCAAUGUAUCCGUAAAUGAUGUCGUCGGUAUGCGUGCACCGUUCCUGAAACCUGGUCGCAACACACAGUACAAGGUGCUUGAAGACUUUGGCUACAUAUAUGACAGUUCAAUAACGGUGCCGCCAGUCAAUGUGCCUGUCUGGCCAUACACACUCGACUACAAAAUCUCACAUGAAUGCAAGAGUGGCACAUGUCCAUCGAAAACUUUCCCUGGCGUUUGGGAAGUGCCAUUAAAUACUCACUACGUUGAGGGUUAUGAGGGUGGCCAUUGUCCCUAUUUGGAUCAAUGUGUUCUGCACAAUCUGGAUGAGAAUGAGGUGUUCGAAUGGCUGCAAGAGGACUUCACACGCUACUAUGAACAAAAUAAAGCACCUUAUAUGAUGCCAUUCCAUACAAAUUGGUUCCAAACGAAACCAUUGGAAAAUGGUUUGCAUAAAUUUUUGGAUUGGGCCUUAGAACUUCCCGACGUCUAUGUGCUUACCAUUACACAAAUGUUGCAAUACAUGACCGAUCCAAAAGAGACACGUGAUGUUAACACCAUCGAAUCCUGGAAAUGCGAUAAGAGUGUUGCAGUCGCACCAAAACCAUGUAACAAUUGGAACACCUGUGCAUUGCCUUUCAAAAUUCCCGAACAAAAUAUCACCGAUACUCGAUAUAUGGAAACAUGCCGCGAAUGUCCCAACGUUUAUCCAUGGUUAGGUGAUGCCAGCGGCACAGGCAUACAAGGACGUGAUAAUUAUAUUUUCUCAGGACCUGUUGUUGAUGCCGAAGAAGAAGAAAGCAGUAACUAGAAGUUUGCCUAAACUGAUUAAUACUAAAAGGCAUGUUUACUUUCAAAUGUGCUCAUUUAUUUUCUUAUCUCUUCUAAGAUUUUUAUUUUAUUUUUCUAAAUUUCGACUACGUUUUCUAAGAACCAGAAAGAAAUAAUUUUUCUGCACUAUUAAUUGUAAUUUAAAAUCGAUUAUAAACAAUACAUAAAUCUGACUCAAUACUUUCUUUAGUUUAUAAGUAACUACAAACGUGUCAAGCUAGACAUUAAGAUGUAAAAUAAAGUUUUUUUAUAAACCAA